UCCCAGCGAGAGGCAGAGGGAGCGAGCGGGCGCUCCCGCCCGGGUGGAAGAGCAGAGCGAGGCGAGCGAGGCGCGUCGCGCUCCGGGCGCCCGGGGAAGGGAGAUCCGGAGAGAAAGGGUGCGUUGCCCCCGGCCCACCCCACCCUGCGCGCAGACCCCGGCCCGCGCCGCCCUCCCCCUGCCGCCGCCGAACUUUGCCCGUCGCGGCGGGCGGACGCCGUUCCCUGGACUUACAACACCCGAGCGAGGACGCGCCUCUCCGGUCCGCCUGGGCGAGGAGACGCUUCCCUCCCUGCCGCUGCCCGGGACCCGCUGCUCGGAAAGGCGCUCCUCGCCGCUUUUUGGACGCUGGAUUUCCUUCGGAGAGUGGAAAAUCCGGCUGCCGCGAUGCCCCUCAACGUCAGCUUCGCCAACAGGAACUAUGACCUCGACUACGACUCGGUGCAGCCCUAUUUCUACUGCGACGAGGAGGAGAACUUCUACCAGCAGCAGCAGCAGAGCGAGCUGCAGCCGCCGGCGCCCAGCGAGGAUAUCUGGAAGAAAUUCGAGCUGCUGCCCACCCCGCCGCUGUCCCCCAGCCGCCGCUCGGGGCUCUGCUCGCCCUCCUACGUGGCCUUCGCGUCCUUCUCCCCGCGGGGGGACGACGACGGCGGCGGCGGCAGCUUUUCCACCGCCGACCAGUUGGAGAUGGUGACCGAGCUGCUGGGGGGAGACAUGGUGAAUCAGAGCUUCAUCUGCGACCCGGACGACGAGACCUUCAUCAAGAACAUCAUCAUCCAGGACUGCAUGUGGAGCGGCUUCUCGGCCGCCGCCAAGCUCGUGUCGGAGAAGCUGGCCUCCUACCAGGCGGCGCGCAAAGACAGCGGCAGCCCGAGCCCCGCGCGCGGCGCCGGCGGCUGCUCCACCUCCAGCCUCUACCUGCAGGACCUAAGCGCCGCCGCCUCCGAGUGCAUCGACCCCUCCGUGGUCUUCCCCUACCCGCUCAACGACAGCAGCUCGCCCAAGCCCUGCGCCUCCCCGGACUCCGCCGCCUUCUCGCCGUCCUCGGACUCCCUGCUCUCCUCGGCCGAGUCCUCCCCGCGCGCCAGCCCCGAGCCCCUGGCGCUGCACGAGGAGACCCCGCCCACCACCAGCAGCGACUCCGAGGAAGAACAAGAGGAAGAAGAAAUCGAUGUCGUUUCCGUGGAGAAAAGGCAGGCCCCUGCCAAAAGGUCGGAAUCGGGGUCCCCCCCCGCCGGAGGCCAUGGCAAACCUCCUCACAGCCCCCUGGUCCUUAAGAGAUGCCACGUGCCCACCCAUCAGCACAACUAUGCAGCGCCCCCCUCCACCAGGAAGGACUAUCCCGCGGCCAAGAGGGCUAAGUUGGACAGUGGCAGAGUCCUGAAACAGAUCAGCAACAACCGCAAGUGUGCCAGCCCCAGGUCCUCGGACACGGAGGAGAAUGACAAGAGGCGGACGCACAACGUGUUGGAACGCCAGAGGAGAAACGAGCUGAAACGGAGCUUUUUUGCCCUGCGCGACCAGAUCCCCGAGUUGGAAAACAACGAAAAGGCCCCCAAGGUGGUUAUCCUUAAAAAAGCCACCGCGUACAUCCUGUCGGUCCAAGCAGGGGAGCAGAAGCUCAUUUCAGAAAAGGACUUGUUGAGGAAGCGACGAGAACAGUUGAAACACAAACUUGAACAGCUUAGGAACUCUUGUGCAUAAGUCCACCUAUUAGAGGGAGGAACUGGAGUCGCUCAUGAAUUCUCACUUGUUACUAAGGGAAAGUAAGGAAAAAGGUUCCUUCUCACAGAACUGUAGCAACUCCUCGUAUCUGAACUUGUUUCAAAUGCAUGGUCAAGUGCAACCUCACAACCUUGGCUGGGUCUUGGGAUUGAAAGGUUUAGCCAUAAUGUAAACUGCCUCAAAUGGAACUUUGGACAUAAAAGAACUUUUUUUUAUGCUUGCCAUCUUUUUUUUUUUCCUUUUAACAGAUUUGUAUUUAAGAAUUGUUUUUAAAGAAUCCGUAAAGUUUACCCCGUUUUCCUGUGUAAAUAUGGCCAUUAAAUGUAAAUAACUUUAAUAAAACGUUUAUAGCAGUUAUACAA